CUGUUGCCAGGAAGGAAUCCAGUGCUUUUUUAGAUGUGAGACGGUGCCAGCACUGGGCUCGUAAAAUCAGCUCCUGAGAAUAACUGACUCUCUGAAGACCUGUCCUGCCGGUUCUCCCUGAGCACUGAGGGCCUCGUCUCUGGUCCCCACCCUGAACUCCUUCAGGGGGUGCUGGAGGUCAGCAGCUGCAGGGGCACGUGACUUAAUCCUUGUGGAGGCAGACGAUGCUGGAGGCCCCGCCCCUGCUGCUGGCCGCUGGUGCCGUCGGCCUGGCCCUGCUCGCACUGCGGUGGCUGGCCCCACUGGACCUGCGGCUCUUCGGCUUGGCCUUUAUCGGCUGGAACGAGUUCAUCGUGAGCCCCGUCCGCAACCUCCUCAUGGGCAGCAGCAAGGAGCAGCGCAUCCUGCAGCACGUGCUGCAGCACGCGGUGGCCGGGGACCCGCAGAGCGUGGUGGCCGCCAUCGACGGCUACAGCUCGGAGAAGGAGUGGGCCAUGCACGUGGGCGAUAAGAAAGGCCAGAUCGUGGACAGCGUGCUGAGGGAUCAGCGGCCAUCAGUGCUGCUGGAGCUAGGCGCCUACUGCGGCUACUCGGCAGUGCGAAUGGCCCGCCUGCUGCUGCCUGGCGCCCGACUGCUCACCAUCGAGCUUAACCCCGAAUAUGCGGCCAUCACCCGGCAGAUGGUGGAGUUUGCAGGCCUGCAGGACAAGGUGACUGUUGUUCUUGGAGCGUCCCAGGACAUCAUCCCCCAGCUGAAGAAGAAAUAUGAUGUGGACACUCUGGACAUGGUCUUUAUUGACCACUGGAAGGACCGCUACCUGCCAGACACGCUUCUCCUGGAGGAGUGCGGCCUGCUGCGGAAGGGGACAGUGUUGCUGGCCGACAACGUCAUCUUUCCUGGGGCGCCUGACUUUCUGGAGUAUGUGCGCGGGAGCAGCCGCUUUGCGUGCUCACACUUCAGCUCGUACCUGGAGUACUCCAAGGUGGUAGAUGGCCUGGAGAAGGUCGUCUACAAGGGCCCGGGCGGCCCCGUGCAGGAUCCCCCGCCACUCCCGGCCCUGAAGGGUGAGGCGGCCCCAGCCCUGUAGCGCUGGCCUGUCCUCAGGCCAGCAGCCCCGUGGCCGCCUCUCGUCAGCUCCAGGCUGUCACGCUGGCCUGCCCCAAGCAUGCCCAGCUCCCCUUCCAGAAUCGUGGCAGUACAUCUAGAAGGUGCCUGCCUGUGAAGACCAGGUAGGCAAGCAGUGCGCGUGACAGUGUCGCGUGCGCGCACACACACACACACACACACACACACACACACACACGUGCGGUGUCACACACUCAUAGCAUCUCAGCCUCACCAUCUCACACACACACACUCUCUCCCCCCACCUGGCUCUCCUCCCUUUCUCUCUCCCCCCUCUCUGUCUCUCUCCUCUCUCCCCCCACCCCUCUCUCUCCUCUCUCCCCCCACCCCUCUCUCUCCUCUCUCCCCCCAUCCCUCUCUCUCCUCUCUCCCCCUCCCUCCUUCCCUCUCUGUCCCCCCCCACAGUCCGCCCUCUGCGGGCGGGCACCUGCGCUCUGCCAUCACCAGGUGGCAGCAGUGCCUCAGUGAUCACCUGCCCCCCCCCCCCCGCACCACCCCCAAAACACACCCUCCUUUCCCCUGCUUUUUAAGAAUGAAAUGCAACUUUUCUACAAUCAGCCGCUACCAAUCUCACAGACUAACACCCUGUUUAGAAGACAGUAAGGUAGAAAUUAAGGACCUGAUUCUUUAGGUGAGACAGAACCCGAGUGCUGCUCCAUGUGCCCCCAUGUCCCAGCUUCGCACCAGGCACCUGCCGCUCCCCUCGGCCGCUGCAGACAGCCCCACGGGGAUGUCUGCGGGCCGGGCUGAGCCCCACUGGGGACCCAGGUGACCCGCAGGCCGCUCUGAGCAACCAGUGCUGGGCCAGGUCCGGAAUGCCCAGCACCCGGCCUCUCGGGUCUGGUGUGGCUCUGGGCGAACUGCGUCCCCGUCCCACUCGGCCUGGUCUGGGGAUGAGAUGGCGCAGUCGGAGCAGCUGCUGUGCUUCUGUGGUGGCCCGGCUGCCCGUGACGACGUGGUCGGCCGGCGCCCACUCACGUCCACAGGCGCCCGUGGCCCCGACGCUGGCCCUCCAGCCCCAAGGCCCUCAAGUGGCCGGCUGGACCUCUGGCCGACUCAGAGGCUCUCCCGGGUCCCUCACCCCGAGAUCACCCCUUCUGGCCAAGUCCGCCUGUGCCUAAGACCAGCCACAGACGUCGGGGCCCUGCUAACUACCCGGGAUCGAGCCCACACACUGUGUGUAGAGAGGAGCCACAUGGGGGACACAUCCCGGGGGCCUGGAUGCAGUGGAUCCCCACGGCGGCCAGCAAACAACAGGGGAGUGGCUUGCGGACGGAGACAGACAUGGGAAGUUCCUUUGUUGCUUUUUAUAAUUUUUAAUUUUUCUUACAAAAUUUAGAUGUUUACCAAUACAGUCUUAGUUUGGUUUUA